GUCGAUCGCUGAUGAGGCGGCUUGAGCGCGUACUCGACGGCUAGAUGGACGCCAUAAGAGUGACAAAGGUCAGCGAUGUCGCCUGUACCCGCAAUGGGGUCACCUCGAAGGGGACCGUCCAUCUCACAGCUCAUCAUCUCAUCUUCCAUUUCGACGACACGGAGCAGAAGGAACUAUGGAUACCCUACCCCCUCAUAUCCCUCGUCACGAAGCUCCCUCAGACGAUCAGUGGACAAUGUCCACUGACCUUCCAUCAGCGCACCUUCGAGACGUUCUCCCUUGCGUUCGAUAGCGACAAGAGCGCGACGGAUGUCUUUGAGAGUGUAAAGGAGCUCACCGUAGCCACCUCCGUUACCCAGCUCUACGCCUUCUUCUACACCCCCAAUCCACCCUUCCCUACCUCCGAUGGCUGGUCGAUAUACUCCCCGCGCGUGGAAUUCGGUCGUAUGGGCGUUGGCACACGCUCGAAGGCCUGGCGCUUCACUGACAUCAACAAAGACUACUCGUUCUGCCCCACUUAUCCUGCUCGUAUGGUGGUCCCGACGCGAAUUAGCGACGCGACGCUGCAGUAUGCCUCGAAGUAUAGGAGCAAGGCUCGAAUACCGGUGCUGACGUACCUGCAUUGGGCGAACUAUGGAUCCAUCACUAGGUCUUCUCAACCCAUGGUCGGCAUCACACAGAACCGAUCCAUACAGGACGAGAAGCUCGUUGAGGCCGCAUUCCAUUCACAUGUUGCGCCCGAUGCUCGGGUGGCUAGCGGUUCCGUAUAUGGUGCCCAGUCUACAAACAUGAUCAUCGAUGCCCGCCCGACCACGAAUGCUGUCGCUAACACGGCAAAGGGCGCUGGGACGGAGAACAUGGAUCACUAUAAGGACGCUCGCAAGGCGUACCUUGGAAUCGACCACAUUCAUACGAUGCGAGAGUCCCUAGGCAAAGUGGUGGAAGCACUGCGGGAGGCUGAUAUGCUUCUCGCUAGCAUUAACAAUGACUUGCAGGACUCCCUCCCCCGAUUAGCCGUCUUAGACCGUCAAGCAUUACGCCGAUCUGGCUGGCUGCGGCAUAUAUCAGCGAUCUUGGAGGGCGUCGUCCUCGUUGCACGAAAUGUGCACGUCAACAACUCGCAUGUCCUCGUACAUUGCUCCGACGGUUGGGAUCGUACUUCGCAACUAUCAUCACUAGCGCAGCUCUGCCUAGACCCGUACUACCGGACGAUCAAGGGCUUCGAGGUUCUCAUCGAGAAGGACUGGGUCUCCUUCGGUCACAAGUUCUUGGAUCGCUGUGGGCACCUAUCGUCGGACAAGUUCUUCGUCUCGACACCAGAGCCCGUCAACAACCCAACCGGCGCCGAAGCUGCCCAGGCCUUCUUCGCCUCCGUGCAGAACCGCUUUGCCUCGCAGAGUCACCUCAAGGAGACCAGCCCCGUGUUCCACCAAUUCCUUGAGACUGUGCGGCAGAUCCAGCGACAGUUCCCCGACCGCUUCGAAUUCAACCAGCGCUUCCUGCACCAGAUCUACUAUCACCUAUACUCCUGCCAGUUCGGUACCUUCCUCUUUAACUCUGAGCGCGAGAGGAGGACAGUGCACGAGGACCUGGGCGCGCCGCCGUGCGAGCGCUCGGUGAGCGUGUGGGACUUCAUGAACUCGCCGGAGGAGAUGGAGAAGAACACGAACCCGACCUACGACCCGACAUUGGACGAUCCGAAGGGGCGCGAUAUGGGGGUGUUGUUUCCGAAUCCGAAGGACGUCCGGUUCUGGCACGAGCUGUACGGACGGUCGGACGAGGAGAUGAACGGGCGGAUCGUGGUCGAUCAGGCGAAGGGGGCGGAGGUCGUGGGGCCGGUAGAGAGCGUUGAAGAGGAUCCGGUGCUGCGCAUAGCGACGCCGUCAAAGGUCCCACUGCCGCCCUCGCCGUCGCGCUCAGCGGUCAAUCUAGAUCCUCGCGCGACAUCGCCUACGCCGCGCUCGCGCACGCCCGAUCCAUUGACCGCACAGCAGCGCCCAAUCUCGACGGCGGAGAGCUUCCGGCCGUUUGGUAACACUGGGUCGAACUUCUCGCUGAAGCCCACGAGUCAAGGGCAGGGACGACAAGGCAUUCGGGCGGCGGACCUCAGCGGAGGCAUGAAGUCGAUGUGGGGUCGUUUGUCGUCCAAUGCAACGGCGGCGCUUUCGGCUGUGCAGGAGGCGUACAACGCAAAUGCAGGCAAGGAGGGCUCCGCGCUGACGCCGAAGGAGGCUGAGCUGACCGGACGAACGCUGGGCGCCUGGCCAGACGAGGCGGAGGAGUCGACGUCGUCGAGCCCUGCGAUGACGGCGUCGUGGUCGCCGAGCACUGCGCCAGUCCCGCCGGUGAGCACGAACCCAUGGGCGACUACCACGCCGGCGUCGCCGAAGAUCCCGUCCAUCUUUGAGAACCCGUGGCGGGUCGAGGACGAGUCGACGCCGAAGGCGCGGUUGCUGGAUGCGCCGGUGGGACGGCUUUCGAGAUCGUUGUCGUCACCUACGCCUCCGUCGACGCAGCCUGCGGCUUCUCCUUGGGCGACUGAGGCGACGCCAUCGGUAGAGCCUUUGUCUGCAUCUUUCAUCGCUCCGUCGACCUCAGCGUCCUCCACGGCACCCUCUCCGGUAGCCUCAACUGCACAGGCGCCUGUCAGCCUUGACUCUUUGGCAAUCGAGGAUAAGCCGCAACCUACGAAGGACGAACCGACAGUCAAACCGGAGAAGGACAUUGAUCCUUUGGGGGUAGGUCUAGGAUAGCAUGUUGCUGUUUCAUGUAUCGUUCUAUCAUGUUUAUACUCGUGUUUUCUGUGUAACUCGACACUCAGCAGAAGCCUGUAAGUGACCCGUUGACCUGCGAAGGUCAACCAGCACCUGAG